AUGAUCAGCAAGAACUUAGUGAGGCCCCGUGUACAAGUCAGUGUCUUCUGGGUUCUGGACACACCCAGCAGAGCCCUCCCUGUGCACUCUGUUUUUGCUGCACAUGUAUUUUUGAAAUGUUCUAAAGUUUUUAUUGUUUUUUCCUCAGAUAUCAGAUCACACAGACACAUACAUGUUCUCAUAACCCUUUGUUACAAUCGCAGGCCCAUGGAGCACGUGCCUUGUGACCAAACAGGCUCUCCAGCAGCAGUGAGCAGGGCCUGCUCUUCGCUGGGUGCACAGCCUCUCUCAUGGCGGCGUCUGCUUGUGGAGCCCGGCUCCGGGGCCAACGAGAGCUCCACCACCGUGGACCCGGCCUCUGUAGUUGUGAUGCGCAGCCUAACUGCCCCGCAGCUCACCUCGUGGACUUCAGGGAACGGUGGGAAUCAGGACAACGUUCCCAAGUGCUUCCCGGUGCCCAGUGCUUGA